UGAGGCAGGUUUUGAUAUUUAAACUCCUGGAACCCCAAACUGAACGAAUUCUUCCCAUGCCCUUUCUGUCCUCUGCAGGCAGUGCAGUGACACCGCUUGAGAGCUAACAACUGGUUUCAAGUGCAUUGUGAGAACCCCAGAAGUGGCUGAGUUUACAUUUCCUUGUUCCGAAGUCGGCACAAUGGCCUCAGAGGCAAUACCUGGGUCUCCUGUUCUCUUGGGUGGAGUAGAAACAGCUGCCUGGCAUCUGCCUCAAGAUCUGUUGACCGCCCAGGCUCUCUUGACCUUAAAGGAAGUGGCUGUGGAUUUCACGGAGGAGGAGUGGGCCCUGCUGGAUCCCAGCCAAAGAGCUCUGCACAGGGAAGUCAUGGAGGAAAAUUAUGAGACCGUCACCUCUCUUGAAUCUGCCCUGAAUUACUGUUCACAAAAUCCCAAAGAAGCAGAAAGUGCAGCAGAUGAUGAGCAGAACACUGGGAAUUAUAGAGUGCCAUCUGCGGUGUUGUUGGAAACAUCUGUGCGUGAAGCAGGAAAAGAAAUGUUUGGGAAGCUAAGAGGACAAAAAAGGGAUGAAGGAAAACAAUCAAAGAAUGGGAAGAAGAAAUCUGCGGGUUCUCGGGGUAUUGAUGUCUGUGAAUUCCUGAUCCUACAAAAAGAUCACAAAGGAAACAACACAGGGGGAAAUAGACAUAAAUCAACAUUAAAGACAUGUAGCAGGACCCACACAGGGGAGAAACCAUUUAAAUGCAUGAAGUGUGGAAAGGGCUUCAGUAGGAGCUAUAGCCUUACUUUGCAUCAAAGAACCCACACAGGGGAGAAGCCCUUUAAAUGCGAGGAGUGUGGAAAGAGCUUCAGUCAGAGCAGUAGCUUUAGUACACAUCAGAGAACACACACAGGGGAGAAACCAUUCAAAUGCAUGGAAUGUGGAAAGAGCUUCAGUGUUAGCAAUAGGCUUUCUUUGCAUCAAAGAACACACACAGGGGAGAAGCCAUAUACAUGCACGGAGUGCGGAAAGAGCUUCAGUGACAGCUGUAGCCUUAGUAGACACCAGAGAACACACACAGGGGAGAAACCAUUCAAAUGCAUGGAAUGUGGAAAGAGUUUCAGUGAUAGCAAUAGUCUUUCCUCACAUCAAAGAACACACACAGGAGAUAAACCAUUUAAAUGCAAGGAGUGUGGAAGGAGCUUCAGUGAGAACAGGACUCUAAUUGUGCACGAAAGAAUACACACGGGGGAGAAACCACUUAAAUGCAAGGAGUGUGGAAAGUGCUUCCGGUCUUACAGUAACCUUUCUGUACAUCGAAGAACCCACAUGUGAGAGAAGCCGUUCUGGAUAUAGCCUCCAUAAAAGCUCCACAACACCCUUUUUUUGGUGCGAUUUUGCAAAAAACUUUGGCCAA